GUCAAGCAGUGGCCGAUGGAAGUCGUCUUCCACCACCUCGACCUCGAGGAUCAACGCCAAGGGUUACUCAAGGUCAUCCCGAUGGGCAGGGAAGUAUCGACUGUGCAGCCUAACGCAGUCCACCCGGCUCUGCUGGAGGUCUUCGUUCGCGUUGCAGCUCACGGGGUCCAGGUCCAGUUUGCAUUCAGCGGGCAGAUGCAGUCGAGCAGCCGGCGCAGUCUUGCAUGGCUCAAAGGAUACGAACAGGCCCUGACCACUGCAGCCAGUGUGCUUCCUGCCCUGCCGUUUACUCCGACUCCCAGCGACUAUCCGCUCCUGUCGCUUUCCUACGAUGAACUGGAGAGGCUGACCACCGCUCGCCUGCCUGCCCUCGGCGUCGCGAGUGCCAGCGACGUUGAAGACAUGUACCCUUGCGCGCCGAUGCAAGUCGCCAUGCUCCUGAGUCAGACCAAAGCGCCGGAAACUUAUCAAGUGUUCUUCACGUUUGCCGUGCGGGACCCGGCGCGCUCCAAUGGACUUGACGUGGAUGUUGACCGACUGGCUCGAUCGUGGAAGCAGGUGGUGCAGCGUCACGGCAUCCUGCGCACACUCUUUGCUGACAAUAUCUCGCGCGACGAUGUAUUCGACCUGGUUGUGCUCAAGAACGCGCAGCCGGACAUUGAGAUCCUCCAUGCACCAACCGAUGAUGAGGGUAUGGAGAUGCUGGCCCGCUGCGAGCUCCCUCGCUACCACGAGGGCGGGCUCCAGCAUCGCGUCAAGAUGUGCGUGUCGCAGUCGGGCAAGGUGUUCUUCAAACUGUCAAUCAACCACACAAUCGUCGACGCGGCCGCGACCACUCUGAUUCUGCGCGACCUGGCGCUGGCAUAUCAAGGCCGUCUCCCGGCAGGCCCCGGCCCCUCGUACGCCAACUUUGUCCGCUACAUCCAGCAGCACCCGAUCAAGAGGUCUCUUGAGUACUGGAAAUCCGCCCUUGCUGGCCUCGAGGGCUGCCACUUCCCCAUGGAGACUGCCAGCCGUUCCGUGGAAAGGACCACAAGGACCACAAGGACUCUGGAGGUCGACCUGCAAAUCACGUCGGAUCGUCUGCGCGUCUUCUGCCGCAGCGUUGGAGUUACCCUGCCCUCCCUGUUCCAGGCCGUAUGGGCGCUCGUGCUGCAGAGCUACACCUCCAGCGACGAUGUGUGCUUCGGGUUUAUUUCAUCCGGUCGCGAUAUCGCGGUCGACGACGCCGAGGAGACGGUGGGACCGUUUAUCAGCAUGCUCGUCCGCCGCAUGAGGAUUGCCGCCCGCGAGAGUGUCUCGAGCUUCCUGACCGGGGUACAGUCGACGUAUGCCGCCAGCCUCGAGCACCAGCAUUGCCCGCUGGGAGACAUCCAGCACGCCCUGGGCAUCUCCCAGACGGCCCUCUUCAAUUCGAUCAUGUCUGUGCAACGAGAAGGUGCAACCGAUAGCGGGACCGAGGCUCUCCGCUACGAACGUGUUGGGGCGCAGGAUCCUACAGAGUACGAGCUGACCGUGCAUGUGGCCGUUGGCGAGCACCGCUCCUACGUGGGCCUCACGUACUGGGAGUCUCUCAUGUCCGAAUGGCAGGCCCAGAAUGUCGCCAGCACCUUCACCACGAUCCUGCACUCCGUCACAGACCACCCCGGACGGAACCUCGCGUCGGUCGAACGCUUCAGCGACAGAAACCUGGCCCAAGUCGCCGAAUAUAAUGAGGGUAUUGCGCCGCCCCGGGAUGCAGAAGAACACGUGCACAUGCUCGUCGAGCGUCAAGCCAUCAAGAGCCCGCACCAGCCUGCGCUCGCAGCGUGGGACGGGGACUUGACGUAUGCUGAGCUU